AACAAUUCAUUCAGCUGAACUACAGAAAACUGAGAGUGCCGAUUUUUUUCCUUCAGGAAGAUCAGCCUUUUUUUCCCUUCCCUGAAAGGGUUACCAUGGCCAUACCCGUGUCUGUUAUUGUUGCUUCCAGUGGAAUAAGUCAGAGUCCAACUAUAGAAGACUUAACAAGGGGAGCACAGACGCUGAGAGGGUUGGUUCUUACAUUUACCCACAUUCGAGGACGUUGUGGCCAUAAAGAUCCAGACCAAGAAAUAAGGAGCCCAGAGGUGCAGCCACUGACUAUUCCUGAUAAGACAAGGCGUCACUGAGAUAUCAGCAUGGCAGAUUAUGCAGAAAAUGUCAGCGAUUAUUCAGACUAUUAUGAUAAAGACAACACCAACAAUAACAGUCCUUGCAGCACCACCGCUCUGAUGGAUUUUGGCAAGGUCUUUCUGCCCACCUUCUACAGUCUGGUUUUCGUCCUUGGCGUCAUAGGCAAUGGUUUAGUGGUGUGCGUCCUGGUGAAGCACCGCCACAAGACCAACUUGACAGACAUGUGCCUCUUCAACCUGGCUGUCUCCGACCUCGUCUUUGUCUUCACGUUGCCUUUCUACUCUCACUACUCCGUGGUGGGUGAAUGGCCUUUUGGAGACUUCCUCUGCCGCUUCGCCUCUGGCUCACACACCACUGGGUUUUUAAGCAGCAUCUUCUUUAUGGUUGCCAUGACGCUGGACCGCUACAUGGUCAUCAUGCACGCUCACAAGGUGGCACAAUAUCGCACUUUUAGGGCAGGCAUCGCUCUGACCGCCUUUGUUUGGACAAUGAGUUUGUGCUUCUCCCUGCCGGCCGUCUUCUUUACGAAGGUGACGAACGAGUCCACCGGAGUUGCCUGCACCUACGAACCAGAAAACGAUGCCUGGAGGCUCUAUGACAUCCUCAUGAAGAAUGUAUUGGGCCUUGGGAUUCCACUGUUGGUGAUGAUAGUUUGCUACUCCAGGAUCAUCCCCAUACUGCUGAACAUGAGGAGCACCAAGAAGCACCGCGUUGUCAAGCUGAUCAUCUCCAUAGUGAUCGCCUUUUUCAUGUUCUGGGCCCCAUAUAACAUUUCCAUUCUCUUGGAGUUUCAGAAAUUGUCGACUGAUUGCAACUCACUCCAAAGUCUUAAGCUGUCGAUAAUAGUGACCGAGACCAUUGCUUAUUCUCACUGCUGCCUGAAUCCCAUCAUCUACGCCUUUGUGGGACAGAAGUUUAUGAGACGAGUAUUGCAGAUGUUGAAGAAAUGUGGGUCUGGGUUUCUCCCCUCUACAAGAGAAAAUAGCUCACACAGGAAAAGCUCAGUUAUGUCCAGGUCCUCUGAUGCCACCACCAAUUUCAUCAUGUAGGAGGUGGAUGGUAGAUUAUUUUUUAUGGACAUGGCUUACAGGGUUGACACAUUUUGCUCUGCUUAGUGUUGUUAUUACUGAGUACAAUAUUGGCAUUGUUCCUACUGUAAGAUCUGUUUGGGCUCUUCCAUUUUCCACCAACACAGUUUUUAGUCAUCAGCAUUGUCUAAGCUGAAAACGCUGCAUGUAUGUGUGUAUGUCAUCUUUAUCUUUUUUUUUUCUUCUAUCUUUAGACCGUUGGAUUUUUACUUUCAUUGUGUUGUGUGUAUCAUAACUUGUUAAAAGGUUUUUAAUGCCCCUCCUUUUCCUGCUUAACAAUUGACUGUAAACCAUGAACCUUUUGUUUACUAUUUUCUCAAUUUGGUUUCAUGCCUCACAUUUUUACCAUUUAUUAACUUGUUUUUAUUAUUUCUUGUGUCUUUAUUUCGGGAACAUAGUUGUCCCAGUUAUAUUACUUUAAUGUCAGCGUUAUUUGCAAACAAUCUAAAAUUAACUCCUGUUUCAGCUUUAUGCUUAAUCUUUUCUUGUUUGUUUGUUUUAUUUUUUUGGUAUAGUAGUUUAGAGUUCCAUCUCUAAAGAGUAUCCAGUUAUGAUAAUGUUGAAUUGUGAUUUUUCUUCUCGCACGCAACAAAUCUAAAGCACAACACAACUUUUUUUUAAUUUAAUAAAAAAGUUAUGCGCCAUAA